AUGGGUCGGCGAGGCGGGCCCUCAUGCUCUCGGGCCAUGGCGCGCCUGGCCGCUGUGCGCUCCCACUACUGCGCGCUGCUGCUGGCCGCGGCGCUGGCCGUCUGUGCUUUCUACUACCUCGGCUCGGGCCGGGAAACCUUCUCCAGCGCCACCAAGAGGCUGAAGGAGGCCCGCGCCGGGGCUCCCGCCGUGCCCUCGCCGCCCGCGCUGGAGCUGGCGCGGGGCUCCGUGGCGCCGGCCCUGGGCGCCAAGGCCAAGAGCCUGGAGGGCGGCUGGCCGGGGCCGGUGGACUAUCACCUGCUGAUGAUGUUCACCAAGGCGGAACACAACGCCGCGCUGCAGGCCAAGGCCCGCGUCGCGCUCCGCUCCCUGCUGCGCCUCGCUAAGUUCGAGGCGCACGAGGUGCUUAACCUGCACUUCGUGAGCGAGGAGGCCAGCCGCGAGGUGGCCAAGGCCCUGCUGCGGGAACUGUUGCCGCCAGCCGCCGGCUUCAAGUGCAAGGUUGUCUUCCACGACGUGGGUGUACUGACGGACAAGCUCUUCCCAGUGGUGGAGGCCAUGCAGAAGCACUUCAGUGCUGGCUCGGGGACCUACUACAGCGACUCCAUCUUCUUCCUCUCGGUCGCCAUGCACCAGAUUAUGCCCAAAGAGAUCCUGCGGAUAAUUCAGCUGGAUCUGGACCUGAAGUACAAGACCAACAUCCGGGAAUUGUUCGAGGAGUUUGACAACUUCCUGCCAGGCGCCGUCAUCGGCAUAGCCAGAGAGAUGCAGCCGGUGUACAGGCACACAUUCUGGCAGUUCCGCCAUGAGAACCCCAAGACACGGGUUGGCGGCCCCCCGCCCGAGGGGCUCCCCGGCUUCAACAGCGGAGUGAUGCUGCUGAACCUGGAGGCCAUGCGCCAGUCCCCCCUCUACAGCCGCCUGCUGGAGCCCGCACAGGUACAGCAGCUGGCCGACAAGUACCACUUCCGUGGCCACCUUGGGGACCAGGACUUCUUCACCAUGAUCGGCAUGGAGCACCCCGAGCUCUUCCACGUGCUGGACUGCACCUGGAACCGGCAGCUUUGCACCUGGUGGAGGGACCACGGCUACAGCGACGUCUUCGAGGCUUACUUCCGGUGUGAGGGCCACGUCAAGAUCUACCAUGGGAACUGCAACACCCCCAUCCCGGACGUCUAGGUCCAGCCCCAUCUGCCGUGCCCUCAGGUCUCUGGGUCUGGGGGAGGCCAGAAGGGUGCCCCUGUUAAUCGGCCCCCGGCUGGUGUCCGAAUCCCUGUGGGGAUGUGCUCUGGGGCGAGGGGCUGCAGCUGUCCCACCUGGUGGGUCCUUCUCCUGAGGCCACCCAGUGAGGAUGGGCCUGCGAGUUGCUGGUGCUUGGGGCCUUUUCGCUCCGGGGGGCCAGGUAUUGUGGAGGGCAAACACGAAGACAUCCUCCAGUGGGCUCGGAAGCAAGCAUGUAAAGGGAAGAAAGGAAGGACAAUGGCGCUCCGUGCCCUCGGCCCCCAAAGAAUGGAAAUCCUUUUGGGCACUGGCCUUUCUUAGACCAAAUAUAAAUUUACUUUAAACUGACAAGCUUUCCUCUUGCCAGAAAGAACAAACUGUCUUGCUAGGGCUCCUAGGGAGCCAAACAAGAGAGGGGUGUUCUCGCAGCCGGCCUGGAACUGAAGCAUCAGUGAGUGCCCAGCUUCCACACACACGCACCCUAAGAGGCUGCGUGCUUAUGCCCGCCAUGCCCCCCUUGCCCAGUUGUGGGGGGUGAAGAUCCCUGCCGGCUCGGGGAGGGCCUACAGGGCCAGCGGCGGCCCACCUGAGAAACCCGGCCUCAUCGCUGGAGCUUCCCCAGCUUCUCGCUCCCAGCCGCGUCCCAGAGCCUCCUUAACCCUCCUUUUUCCCAGCCAGCUUCAGGUGACCAGACUAUGCUUGGAAAUCAGAUCCACCAUCAAAUAGCCGAGCUCGGCCACUGCCAGGGACAGGCGACAGAGUCGUCUGCAUGGGGAAGACACCUUCCAAAGAGGAGCCCAACCGUUUCUGCAGAUAACCGUGUGGCUUGGAAGGGGUGUCCCUCGUAGACGGAUAAGCGUUCAGUCUCUGUUGAAAAAAUCAUCCUGUGAUUUUCUCAUCGCAUCAUAUUAGACCCUGUACCUUCGAAGAAAUUAGGCUCUUCUCUGGAUGCAUUCCCUUGCUAGAUGCAGACGCGAAGCCCCUGGCGAUCCAUGUUGUCUAGUUGGGGGAGGGCCUCGGGGAGGAACUGUUGGAUUUUCAUCUCCUCUGAUCUCAGUUUCAUCCACUUUUUUAUUUCUCUUCACCAUGAGUGAGAAUAGCUAAUAAACCGUCUUUGAGAACACGAUGAUUACAUUGUUUCUUCUCCGACCCCAGUUUACUGCUACUUGAAGGUUGAGUCAAGAGUGCAGUCAGGGUCAUUCAGGGCUGCCCCUGCCGUCCACAUGACGGAGCUUAGUGGGCCCCCCGGCCUCUGUGGGGGCUGUGGCUGAGACGGGCACAGGGAGGGCAGCAGGGCCACACUGGGGUCACUGGAGAAUCAUCUGGAAGCAAGAAUGGCCCCGUCCCUUCGUCAUUCCCCAGCCAAACGGAGCACAUCUCUUGCCUGACUCGGCCUGGACAGAACUGGUCUGUUCUCGUAGGAACUUGAUUUCCUAUUUACAGCUACUAGUAGCUGAAAGCCUGCUGUGUGCUGAGCAUUGUUUUGGGGGAUUUAUAUACUGUUGAUAAUGCUCGCAAAAACCUCAUGAAGGUGAUUCCAAUUCUCAAGUUUAUUGUAAGAAAAUAACAAGAGAUGUAGACAGAGAGUCUUUAUCACACCAGUUUUUUUAAAAAAUAGAAAACAGCUAGGAGUAACUUAAAAUGUUGACUAAGGAGUGGAUAAAUUAUGUUACAUUCAUAAGAUAAAAUAGUUUAGG